AUGGCUUUGCAGAACAACAUGCAACGCACUGUAGAACUCUCGGAGGGUAUGGGCAUGGCUGCUGCAUCCACUUCUCUGACCCGAGCAGGACUGGAAGUUGAGCUUGUUCCCUGCCUCGGUGACAACUACUGCCCGCUAAUACAUCAUGCAGCCUCCGGAGCGACCUUUGUCAUGGACACCCCGGAGGCUGGGCCCAUAGAAAGGGCCCUGCGGAAACGAGGAUGGACUCUCACCCACAUCUUGAACACGCACUAUCACAGUGAUCAUGUGGGUGGCAAUCUGGAGCUCAAGGCUGAGUUCCCGCAAGUCACGAUUGUGGGGCAUCGCAGCAUCGGUAAGGAGAUUAUCCCCGGCGUCGACCGUGAGGUGGCCGAGGGUGACGAAGUGCUCUGUGGUGCUUGGGGCCUUGCUUUGCUGGAAGUAGGUGGACACACAGUGGCCCACAUCGCCUACUUCUUCGAGGAGGUUCCGAUGGCCCUUACCGGCGAUGCUCUUUUUACCAUGGGAUGCGGACGUGUGUUUACCGGUAACUUCGCACAGAUGCAGGCGUCUCUCAACAAGUUGCGGCAGCUGCCGGACGAGACGGUUGUGUUCUGUUCGCACGAGUACACCCUGGCCAAUGCCAAGUUCGCAGCAGAGGUGGAGCCCGAGAACUCGGCACUCAAAGCUCGCAAAGCUGAGGUGCGGACGAUGCGCGAUGCGAGCUUGGCCACCGUGCCAACCCUCUUGGGCUACGAGAAAGCAACGAACCCCUUCCUCCGCUGGGACGUGCCAGCAGUACAAGAGGCAGCGGGCGGACUCUCGGGAGCAGUUGAUGUCUUUACGGCUCUACGAAAGUGGAAGGAGCCGGUCUCAGCAAAGCCAAGCGGCCAAGCGCCCAAGCCAUGCAGGACACUGGUAUCAGACCCAGAACGGAAGCGCGGCUCUGAGCGUGGUAAUGAGCCGCCGUGGUUACAUCGAAGGGUGAAUGUGUCUCGGGACACUAAAGCACUGUUGACGCAUCUAGUUGCGAUAUGA